AUGAAGUCGGGUGAUGAUCUGGAUGUCAUGGAUGUGACGGACGAUGACAGGUCAGGUCGGAAAAGUCGGAUCCUGGGGGGCGUGUCCAGUACAGCCCCGGCGAAUGAACUGUUCAGAAAGAAGAAAGGAACAAUAAAAUGUAAUUUUUCAUCUGAGAGAAAUGUUUGUUUAAAGAGGCUGGCCCCUGUUGAUGACAGCAGGAAAUUUACAUCAAAACGUGGAUGGUUUAUGUGGAUUUAUUUAUUUAACCAAUGGACCUUUUGCUUAAAAGGUCUUGGGACAGUCUCAAGUGGCCGGCAUAUCUGCAGCUGA